AUGGAAGCGGAAGAAAGGCCUACCAAGCUGCGAAAGACUCAGCAUACUACCCAUGAUAUCGACGACGGUGAAUAUGAAGGAUACACAACCUCUGAAGCGCAUCAAGAGCCUGCGCAAACUGCAGAAGGCGCAGCCACCACUGGCAUAACUGCUGACUCGCCGGUAGCAGAAGACAAGGAUAUAGAAAUCGAAACGAACGAUCGUGACACAGAUCCCACCGAGACACCAGAUGAUAUAAAAGAAGCAUCCACACCCGGAGAACCAACACUGUCCAAGAACCAGCAAAAGAAGGCAAAGCGCCGAGCUGAAUGGGAAGCCGGCAGGGAAGACAGAAAAGUAAAGCGCAGAGAGAAGGCAAAGGAAUUGAAAGCCCGGCGAAAAGCUGCGAAGGAGGAGCAGAAGCAGCAGCCACAGAAUGGUAAUGGUGACGAGCAUGCGCAGACAUCACUUCCUGCGCAGGUGCAAGGUCAACUCAAACCUCUGAAGCGAUACAGAGUUGGCCGUCCUGUGCCUCUUGCGAUUGUCUUUGACUGCGGCUACGACAAUCUCAUGACCGAGAGGGAGAUCAUCUCGCUUGGCUCGCAGCUCACGAGGGCAUACAGUGAUAAUUCGAGGGCGCUGUACCAGACUCAUUUAUAUGUUAGUGGAUGGUCGCCUCAGACUGAUCUGAGACAGAGGUUCGAUGGGUUGUUGAGAGGAGUGUAUAAGAAUUGGAAGGGAAUUAAGUUCGUCGAUAGUGAUUUUGUGACUGCUGCGGCGAUGGCGAGGCAGACUAUGGAAGGGAAACGGGGAGGAAAGAUGAUGGGCGCCUUUGAAAAAUACGCACCACCGAAGAAACAGGAGACAGACUCAGCGGAAAACGGUACAGUGGAGGCAGAAAACACACAAGACAACACAGAAGCCGUAUCCACGGCCAACAACAACGAACACAACACUCCUCCCAUCCAAGAUCCUAGCGAACAACGUGACGACGACCACCUCAAAUCCCGCAGCGAAAUAAUCUACCUAACCUCCGACAGCCCCUACAAUCUCACCGAACUCAAACCCUACCACACCUACAUAAUCGGCGGCCUCGUCGACAAAAACCGCCACAAAGGAAUCUGCUACAAAACCGCUCUGGACGCAAACUCCAACCCCAAGACAAAACAGCUACUAAACGGUAGGGAGAUCAAGACGGCGAAAUUGCCGAUUGAUCAGUACAUGGCCAUGGUUAGCAGGCCGAUAUUGGCGAGUAGUCAUGUGGUGGAGAUUAUGGUGCGGUGGUUGGAGUGUGGGGAUUGGGGGAGGGCGUUUAUGGAGGUCAUGCCGAAGAGGAAGGGGGCGGUGUUGAAAGAGAAAAAAAGGGAUAAGAAUGGAGAGGGAGGCGCUGGUAGAAGUGGGCAGGUUGAGCAGGAUAAGGAGGAGGAAGAGGCGGAGCAGGACGAUGAUGAAGUCGUGGAGGAAUCGGAUUCUGAAGCUGAUAAUGUGCCUGCUCAAGCUGGAGCUGAUACCACGAGUGAUGACACAGAGCACCGUGAGGUAAGUUCGUAG